AGAGAGAGAACAAGUGUCGGUGGCACUUAUUAGAAGCUUAUAACAGACAAACCGGUGGGCAGGCAGCUCUCCACUGUGAUUUUCUUCCAGAGCUCUCUCUCUCUCUCUCUCUCUCUCUCUCUCUCUAAAACCAUUUCUCCAUCUGCAAGAAAUUACGUGGGUAUAUGUAGCAAGUGAGAGAGGGAGAGAGAUCAUCAGAGUGUAUGUGUGAAAGAGAGAAGGGUGCAGGUCUGGCAGGGCAAAGGAGCAUAGCGAUUAGAGUGAGUAGUGGUGGUGGGGGGUAUAACAAGAAAAAAAUCAAAGGCAGAAAGAAGGUAAAAGUUAUCAAAGAAAGGUUGAUGGAUUUUUGGCACAAGAUGAUCUUCCCUGUCCGCCGCGUCUGGCUCACUGUCUCUGCUCGCAUCAAAGCUCGCAAAAAUGGUGCUGGACUUUUGAAGCUUCAUGACGAUGUACAAACCUGUGGAUAUCAAGAUGUGCAGGUGAUGUGGCAGAUGCUGAGCAGAGACACUGAGCUGACAAGUCACCAUUCCAAACGCAAACAAAGACCCUUCUGGAGAGUUUUUGAAUUUUCUAGCAACAAUAGUAAACCCUCACCACUCUCUUCAAAUCAUGCAUGAAAUUAAACAGUCAGAUACUAUAAAAAUAGUGACAAUUAAUAAUGUGUUGCUGCUGCCCCCCAGAAAAAAAAACAUGACAUUUGGCAUCAUAUUUUUACUGUCAAAUUGCUCCAAGACUUACAGUGGCAUAUGGUACACAAGCUGUUGCAGGUGUCAAAACCACAGUGAUAUAAGGUGAAAUUGUGUAUCUAUUUUUACCUCUAUUGUGUGUAAAUUAGUACUAUCAGAGAUUACCCAAGUGAUCAUUUGUAAAUAUAAAUAAUGUUUGUCCAUGAAAAUCAGAAAAAGAAAAGCCAGAUAAUUCGAAAGAGCCUCCAUAUGUAUAGAGAGCUCAUUUUUCCCUAUAUUAUCAUUUGUAAAUAUAAAUAAUAUAAGUUGGUGGUUCUGAA